CCUUUCCUUUACCUCCCCACUUCCGUCUACCCCUUUACCAUCCUCCUCCCCCCGCGGUCCUUCUUCCCCUCCCCCCACAAUCAUCCUCCUCCGCGCGCCACUGCGGCCUAGCGGUGCUGCUGAGAGGAGCCGACAUGAAGGCGACUCUGGGGAGCAGGGAGCACUGGACUGAAGGGAAGGUGUUUAUUCAGCUUUGGUCUGGACAUUGAAAAGACAAUAUAAAGUCCAUAGCAUGGCCCCCAUACUCACCUGCUCAUGAUUGAAGCGACUAUGAUUCCUGCCAACUCCCAGAAAGAACUCCUGAGUCAGAUAGGAGAGGCUGAUUUUCAGGGGCAAUAUUUGGCCUAACGGAGGUGCUGUUGCUUUGCAGCAUACAUUGAUGCAUUUAGAAGAAAUAAAUAUCCAACUGACGAAACUACUGACAGUACUGACUUCUGUGGAUGCCAUAACUGUAUGAAUUCUAAGAAGGAAAAGAAGUUUGAGAAUGAGAGAAGUCAGGCUCAGCCUGGAGAGGCUAGCAUGACUUAUACAGAAGAGCAGUUACUUGGGGUGCAGAGGAUAAAGAAAUGCAGAAGUUAUUAUGAAAUUCUGGGAGUUGACAGAGAUGCCAGUGAUGAGGAUCUAAAGAAAGCUUACCGAAAACUGGCCCUGAAAUUUCACCCUGAUAAGAACUGUGCACCUGGGGCCACAGAAGCUUUUAAAGCAAUAGGGAAUGCCUUUGCUGUUCUCAGCAAUCCCGAUAAAAGAUUACGCUAUGAUGAAUAUGGAGAUGAACAAGCAACUUUUGCUGCCCCCCAAGCCAGACCCUAUACAUAUUACCCAGAUUUUGAAGCUGACAUUACUCCAGAGGAGGUCUUCAAUGUGUUCUUUGGAGGACAUUUUCCUACAGGAAAUAUUCACAUGUUUUCAAAUGUGAUGACAGAUGACACACACUUUUACCGUCGGCGACACCGAAAUGAGAGGGUACAGACCCAGAAGGAAGAAGAAGAAGAAAAACCUCAGAAUAUGUAUUCUGCAUUUCUUCAGUUGCUUCCAGUUCUCGUGAUUGUGAUUAUAUCUGUUAUUACCCAGCUGAUGGCCACAAAUCCUCCAUAUAGUCUAUUCUAUAAAUCAUCCAUGGGGCACACUAUUUCCAGAGAAACUGAGAAUCUGCAGGUGCCUUAUUUUGUUGAUAAACACUUUGAAAAAAACUAUAAAGGGCCAUCAUUGCGUGAUUUGGAGAAGACUGUAGAAAAGGAUUACAUAGAUUAUAUCCAGUCAAGUUGUUGGAAGGAAAAACAACAAAAAUCAGACUUGACAAACUUGGCCAGACUGUACCGAGAUGAACGCUUGAAACAAAAAGCAGAGUCAUUGAAACUUGAAAACUGUGAAAAAUUAUCCAAUCUUAUUGGCCUCCAUAAAGGUGGAUGAAGGAAUCCUAGACAUAGUACACAAGGGCAUGAGUUUUUCUUCGUUGUUCCUAUUUAUGUUACUAAUUCCAUUUUAUAAAAGAAAAUUAGAAAAUCAAAAUUUUUAUGGCUUGCUAAAACUCAAGUGGGACAGAGCUGAAAACAGUUGAACCAUGGAGACAGUUUCCAACUUCAUAAUCCUUGAUGUGGUUUGACUCCAAAGACCAGUGACAAUUCAACUAAAUGAUUUCAUAGGUAUAAGUAUUUGAUUUAGCACUAGUACCACAGCAUUCCUGACUACCUUCUGGGGAUUCUGUUCCAAGUAGAACCAAAAUAUAUUUUCUUAUCAGUGGGUAAGUGUAUCAUCCAGAAAUAAACAGCCAUCAUUUAGUCCCAUGCCACACACAAGCUCUGUAGCUUUAGUUAUUUAUAGCCCCUACAGCAAAUAGUACAUUUCAUCAUUUAGCGGUCAUUUCAUCAUCAAAUCACUAAGCAAAACACAUUUAAAGUGAAUUCAUUAUUCUUUGGCCAUGAGGACAUGCUUAAAGGAAAUAAAAUGAGAUAAUAUAUGAAAAGCACUUUGUAAAUUGUAAAACACUAGAUAAAUGUCCUAUUAUCAUUGUUAAAAAUUGUUUAAAAAUUACACAGAGAUAAUUUAAAAUUUAUUGUAGUUAGUAGUUUUGACACCCCAUUUUUUUAUUAAGAUCUACUGACAUUAACAACACUACCUGAUUUGAGUUUCAUCUGAUUUGAAUUUUAUUCUACUUUCUACUUUCCUUUGGUUUACAUUCCAAUCUACUAUGAUGUUGCCACAAACUCAGCAAUAGGCCAGAGACCAAAGAUGGAAAUGCUUUCGGUCCUGGACAUUUCACAGAUUGGCUUCUAGUUAAUUUAGAGUUGACUCAUGUUGCUCUGAAAGAAUAGGACAUCUCUGGAUCUCAGGUACUUCAUCUCUAAAAUGACUUCAAAGGUCUUUUCUAAUACGCAGUCUAUGAUCCUGUGUGUUCUUGCUUAUAUCAGCACAGAUAAGCACAUGGUAAAAGUUCUCUCUUCUUAGGUUUCUCACUUAUAUGACAUAAUAUUCAAAUUGAAUUUCUCAGCCUCCUUUAGGGGUAUGAGAGUUAAGAUUGAAAUGGAAAGGUUGCCAGUUAGCAAAACUAUUUGAGAACAGAGAGGUAAAAAGAACAUGGAAUGUAAACUGAGGCGAUGCAGACUUGUAUUGAAAGAAUGAAAGAGUAUUCCCUUAAAAUCUUAAAAUCUGUAUGGCAUUUGUAAUGGCUCUUACUUCAGCAUCAUUUCUCAGCUUAACUUUAAUCAACAGAGCUUCUCUUCACAAGAGCACUUCAUUGCAUAUUGUCAUUUGGUUCCUUAUCUUUUUUAAGAUGCUCAAUAUGAAGGUGAAUUCCCUCCUUCUCAGGACCAGGACCAAUAUUGCCAUUUGGUGAUCUUCUGUUUUUAGAAAUGGAAAGAAAGACAUGUUCGAUGCUGGCUCUAAUUUUUCUAUGUUCCAGCAAUACUGAUGUGGUUAUAGGGCUUUGUUCUCUGAGGAACUGCAGAAGGCCCACAAAAAGGGUGGGAAUAAACUUUCAGAUACUGCUGAGUUGUACUCUAAAAAGUCAAGUAGUUUACUGUUUACUUGAAGGACAUAAUCUCAGGCUCCCACUUGGUAUUUUGGGGUAUUCUUUGAAAGCCCUUGACAAUUCUUUAAGAAAGAUCUGCACUACAAAAUUUGUAUCCAUUCAAGGAGGUCUGGAGAAAGCUGAGCUUACUCUCUAUCUUGAAACUAAAGCUCUUUUUUUUUUUCUGAUUUCUCCUAGAAAUCAAUAACAUGAAAGGCCCUGCUCUAAAUACUUAUGAGUAACAGACAUUUAUUUGAUGGAGUCAGAGAUUAAUUAUUUUUGAAGCUGUUGAAUAAAGGCAAUGUUAGUGCGCAUUACAUACCAGAGAGCAUAUGUUUUGAUAGCACUGGUAAGAGUUACAUUUCUUAAUAGAGCAACACAUUACAUUUGAUUUUUCCCAGGGGAGUAGUUGGUUUUUGUUUUGAUCCAUUACUGGUAAUACCCAGUACAUUGUUACAUGAAAAUUUUCCUGUUUGUAUUUUAGUUAAGCCAUCUGCAUGAAAGUGUCUGCUAAUACCUUUGGAGUAGUCCCUAAACAAUAUUAAUAUUGCAGGUGAGGACCAUGCUGUUUCCUGUUAUAAUGGCAGGACAGACAGUUCUGUGCACUGUUUCCCUGUAAAUUAUUGUAGGUUUGAGACUUGUAGGCAGGUUGAAAUGUACUUGGCUAAGGUGGAGUCUAUUGUGAUAAAUUUAUGAAUGGAAUAUAUGUGCCUCUUUAUGUUCUAUGCUGAAUUAUGGGGAGAGCAAAGGAACAUUUUUUUUGCCUCCAGAGGAAUUCACAUCUCGGAAAGAGAAAAGUCACCUUUGCUGAAAAGGUGCCCAUGAGGCCAAAACUAAGACCUACUGACUUUGUUCAUGAUCACCUGCUUGAUAGAAGGGACCAGGUGAGGAGGGUCACUGAAUAAGGCUUUUGUUUCUUGACCUGUCGGGAACUGCAUUGAAUCCUAAACACACCAAUAUAUAAGAAGCACUCAGCAACUGAGGUAAACUCUAUUUUAAUGGUCAUGAAACAAAAGAAAUACUUACUUCCUCAGUGACUAUUAUGGGAAUAUAUCCUAAAUACGGAAACAUAUUCUUUCAUUAAAACUGUGGCUGAACAUCAAAACUCUCUGUCUAUGCAUGCUGUAACACCUUCCGGGAACUGUAGUUUGUUUUGAAUUUGUUUUAGACUCACUGUUCAUUUAAUAUGCCAACUUAGCAUCCAAGCAUUUUGUUUUCUGAGAGUAGCAUUAGUGUUGGUUUAAGAUUUUUAAGCCUGCAUUGUAUUUACUCUAGCAAAGAAAUAUUAUUAGUAACUGUUUGCCCGUUCUUUAAAAAUUGAUUGUGCCAUUGGGAUGUGCCUCUGUAAAAUGUUUGGAAUUAAAGUUAUGAAUGCUCUCAACAUAAUUACCUGGUUGAAGUGAAGUUCACAGAGACCAAAUCAGCUCAAAGUUGUUUUUUUAAUUUUUAAUCUUCCUUUAGAAGUUUUUUUUUUUUUUUUACUGUUGCCUUUUGUUUUUACCCCAUAAUCAUUUUUUUCUUUUACUGAAUUCUCCCUCAUAAUUAAAAAAAAUGCACAUAAAAAAAUUGACACAGAGAUUAUAUCUACAUCUUUAGACUUCUAUAUUGAGAAGAUGAUCAUUGUGAUCUUUUGGAUGUCUGAGAUUGGUCAUUAUAUUUAAUCAGAGUUUGCCUUUUUAGUGUUGUUGCCUUUAUAUUGUUUCCAUUGCUUCCUUUACACAUAUAGUUGUCCCUCGACAUUCACUAGGGUUAAAGGUGCAGGACCCCAACAAAUGUGGAAAACUAUGAAUAACUGAGGCUCCACCCAAACCUUUAUUUUUAAUCAUUCUGAUCAUAUUUAUUUAACAAAAAAAGGUAAUUAAUACAUUGCACCCAUAAAAACAUUGCAGAUUCUACUAGACAGAGAUUAGUAUCUUCUGCAUUAUCCAGAGUCUUCACAACCACAAUAUAGUUGUAGCAGAUGCUUCAUGAUUUCCUUCUAUGAAAGGGGCAAGAUAGAAGGAUCACAGUGAGAAAAAAUCAUGUGACCAAGUCUGGAUGGUAGAGACAAAGAGAAUGCAUUCCCAAAGACAGUGAGUAGUCCAUGGUUCUUUACUACACUGAAACUUAAAAAUUUAACUGCUUACAGUAAAUUAUAUGUAUGUAUGUUUAUGAUAGUAAAUUAUGAAAUAGAUUAAUAACAUACAAUAUUUUAGUAUUUAUAACUUACUAAAUUUUGUUUUCUUAUGUAUUCUGCCUUUGAUUUUUUGCAGUAUAUUCAAAUCUCCAAAAAUUUUCAUUUGUUUAUCCAUGGAUAACCCCUGAAUAAUCAAAAUCUUGAAUGUGAAACUGGUAAAGUCUAGGGAUGACUGUAGUCAUAUAUACACAUGUGUUAUAUGUUGUAGGAUAAAAAUUUUGAAAAAUCUAGUCACUUUCAUCUUAAUUGGUUGCAUCUGGAUCACACUAAGUUCUUAGGGAUGAAGUACAUUUUAAUAAAGAAAAAUAAAAGGCUUUCAUAGAAAUAA